CCUGACUGUCCACAACUCCCUUUGCCUGCUUCCAAAUAUGUGUAGGAAACUGAAACUAUCGGUGGUCUCCAUGGGCUAAUGGAAUCAGUAUGAAAUGCAAUCUACUACUUUUGUGGUCUAGUAAAUGUGUGGACGGAAUUCUCCGUGUGUCCUUAUCAUAAUAUAUGGUGUUCAGGCUGAGAUAACAACACUGAACUUUGUCUCCAGGAAGAGUCCAGCGGGUCCAAGUCUAGGAUCAAGGGACAGUGCGAAUUAUUAGAGAUCGUGUUAUCUUGGUGGGCACACGAACCUCUUUCACGACUAUCUAUAAUAAACUUAGGAAAUGAAUACAUCAUUGCUUAGCGCCCUGAUAUCUUGUUUGUAUUUCUGUCUGUUGCAGAAUUCGCUACAAACCGCCGAAAGAAACGUGCGCCUCCCUGUUGUGGGCAGGAGAGCCUCCAGAAAAGUUCAUUUAAAUAUGGAUGUGCCGACACGGAGUAUUAGUGAGUAAACUGUUUAAGUUUACACGGAAAACACGUGUCGGUCAUAAUACAGGAGGUCAGCAGGAAAAGUUUUUUUUUUUUUUACAUUAAAUUAGCUGACGGUCUAUAAUGCAGCUGAUAAGUCAACUAACCACAAGAUAAGAAAGUCCUAUUGUUCUACCAUUCUUUGACUCCAAUCUUUGGUCCGGACUCUUUCCAUUUGUGCAGAAGGCAGCUUGUUUAGAAAUGGCAAACCAGCUGAAGAAUAUUUUAGUUGUUUCUUUUGGAUUUCUGUUCUUAUUUACAGCCUAUGGAGGACUUCAAAGUUUACAGAGCAGUCUGAAUGCAGAUGAAGGCCUUGGUGUAGCAUCCUUAAGUGUCAUCUAUGGCUCUCUCAUUCUGUCCUCCAUGUUCCUGCCACCCAUUCUCAUCAAAAACCUGGGCUGUAAAUGGACCAUUGUCGUCUCCAUGUUUUGCUACAUAGCAUAUUCUUUGGGUAACAUCGAACCUAGAUGGGAGACAUUGAUUCCUACAUCAGUAAUCCUGGGAUUUGGUGGAGCACCACUUUGGUCAGCCAAAUGUGCCUAUUUGACCAUUACUGGAAAUUUACAAGCCAGCAAAGAGAAUAAAGAAGGAAAGGAUGUCAUUAACCAAUACUUUGGAAUAUUCUUCCUCAUAUUUCAGUCAUCAGCUGUCUGGGGAAAUCUCAUGUCAUCUCUGAUUUUUGGACAGAAUGCCAACAAAGGUGUAAUAACUGAAGAGCAGCUACAGUUUUGUGGAGCUACCGAUUGUCCAGACAACAAGUACUCCACAGGCAAUGGCACAGGCAAUAGCACGGAAACCUCUGGGGUCCCAAAUAAUUUGCGAUACACCUUGCUUGGAAUUUACAUUGGAGUGGGUUUGCUGGCUGUGGCACUCGUAUCUGUGUUUCUGGACAACGUGGACAGAGCAGUAGCACAUCAGUUCAGAGAAAAUCGGGAUCCCUUUUGGUCAACUUUAAUGGCAACCUUCAAGCAAAUGAAAGACAAAAGACAGCUCCUCCUCAUCCCCCUUACAAUGUACAGUGGCUUUGAACAAGGCUUCCUUGCUGGGGACUACACCAAGUCUUAUGUAACCUGUGCCCUGGGUAUCGACUAUGUUGGCUAUGUGAUGAUCUGCUUUGGAGCUGCCAACUCCCUUUGUUCAUUUGCAUUUGGAAGGCUUUCUCAGUAUACUGGGAGAAUUGCUCUUUUUGUUUUAGCGGCAUUCACAAACCUGGCCUGUAUCAUUUCUCUGCUGAUGUGGAAGCCACACCCAGAUGAGUUCCCAGUGUUUUUUGUUUUUCCAGCACUGUGGGGAUUGGCUGAUGCUAUAUGGCAGACUCAAACCAAUGCACUUUAUGGAGUUCUGUUUGAGAAACACAAGGAGGCUGCAUUCUCAAACUACCGUCUUUGGGAGUCAGUCGGAUUUGUGAUUGCAUUUGGUUACAGCACUUUUCUUUGCGUCUAUGUAAAGCUCUAUGUGGUCCUAGCAGUGCUCAUCGUCGGAAUGGUGCUUUAUGGGUGUGUGGAAUAUACUGAACACAAGCACCCAACACCAAAGGAAGAAAGUACUACAGAGAAAAUCUGCAAGGCAGAGACCAAGCUAUAAAUCCUUUAUUUUCCUUAUCUGAAGAACUUAGCUUUCAUCAGGUAUACUUUAGAAAUACAAUUAAAGGCUUUAUACACUUACUUCUUCAUGACUGCAAUGUUAUGUGGACUCUGAAUCUGCUGUCACCAACACACAAUUUGCUUGGAAUCAUCAUUUUCCAUAUGGUGCAUAAUGAAGUGGAAGUCAUUCAACUUAAUGCUCAUAAUGUGCUAUCUAUGCUAAGUAGGAUAACAGAGAGUCACAGAUGAAGGGGAUGCAUUUGAGAGGCCAGUCUACACCCUGUACCCGUGACUCCAAUUGCAACAUAACACCACUGUCCACCACCAGUGUCACAAUGCCAACCUGACACAAAAAAACAUUUCUCUUAACUUUUGCAAUUUUUUCCCAACAAGAACUGGCAUUGCGGGUAUUUUUUCCUUGUUGGUGUCAUCAUCCUUGAUUUUCUUUAUGUCUACUAAAACUCACUGAAAAAAACUCAUUUAAAAUAAAUACAUGAUGAGGCCUGUAAAAAGGAGAUAUCAUGAACUUUUACUGAGGAAAACAAUUAGAUAAAAUAAGCUGAUUUUUUUCUAAACAUUUAUUUUGACAGAAGCCACUACCUUUCAAAAUCACCUCAAAAAUCAACAUGUCCACAGAAUUAAAGAAAAGGCUACAAAGAAGUAGGCCUGCUAUCACUGAUAAUGGUUACAGCUGGUCUGCAUGAGUUUUAUCUCUACCUACAAGACAAAUUUGAGAAAAGUGGGUCAUUAUGAUCCUUAUCAUGAAAUAAAGAAAAUGUGAGAUUAAUGGGAUUUC